AUGAGUCUUGUCCCUAUUAGUAACAAUCAAACUUUUGUGUUAGAAAUAAGUAAACUAGAAAAUGAAAUAGUGAGUUAUGAUGCACCAUAUGACCUUAAUAUUUGUGCCAAUCUUAAAAUGAAUAAUUCUACUAUAAACUCUUGCCAAAAAGUAUCUGUAUUGAUCUUGUAAAAUAUUACAAUUUCUAAUAUCACUAAUGCAACUAACUCUAAUAACACUUCAAAUACUACGAAUUAAACAAAUGCAACUAACUCAACUAAUUCUACAAAUAUUACAAAUACUAUAUAAUUAAACACUACAAACAAUAAUACAAAUAUUACCCAAACUAAAAAUACAUUUGGGCCACUCUUUGAAAAAGAUCUAGAGAAUCUUUAAAUUUAAGUAGGUGAAAAAAUUCAUUAUGAAUACCCUAAAAUUAUUGAUGAAGACAAUGAUUAAUUAGAGAGUGCGGUGAUUAAAUUCGGCAGAGCAAAGAACUUUAUUUCUGGCUCAUUCCCAAACUAUAUUCUUAAGCCAUCUCAAAGUGAUAUAGGCAGCUAUCAAAUAUUUAUUAAUCUGACUGAUGAUAAUCCAAGCCCCAAAUCUUCAUUGUAUUUCAUGCGAGUAAGUGUGACUGAAGCAAGCAAAAAUAGCACCAACUAAUCAGAUUAUAGUGACAAUAGCAAUCAGACUUUAUAAAAUGAAACGAUAGAAUUAGGUUAAUAUGACUAAAAUACAAAUCAAAAUACAUAAAACUCAAAAACUUCUGAAAGACAAUUACUAACAGCAAAAAUAUCUUAGAUUUCCAACUCUGGCGAAGUAAGGGUAAAGUUUUCACAUCUAAUUGAAAUCCCAACGAACUACAAGCAGAUUAAUAACUAGACUCUGCUACUUGAAUUAUUUGACUAUUAAGGUGAACUCCAAAAGUAUGGACAUACUUGCAAAGGAAUCUAAGCUUCUAAUUGCUAUGAAUUAUCAGAUGAAAGCAUUAGUACCAAGAAUGCUAAGACAAGAUAAAACAUCCUAACCACCAAUGAACUUUAUAUUGAUGGAUAUCUUUUGAAAACUGCUACCUUCGUAAAUCAAUUAACUUAUUACGUUAUGGGACCAAGAAUGUGA